UUGGUAAUCAGAGGGGUCUGCUGAUGUUUGGAGGUUCCUCAGGUUGACUUCUUUUUUCACACGUAGAAAGAUGGGAUCACAAAGACAGAGCAGUCUGGGUGUCCGUCCUCUUGGGCCAUACUGGUUCCUGACCUCCAUCAUGUUGGCCUCGGCUUUGCUCCUCCCUGCUCUGAGCCUGGACAGCUUGACGUGCUACUACUGUCCUCUGCAGCACAAAGGAAAGUCCUGCCCCAACAUCACAAGCCAGUGUCUGCCUCAUCAGCGCUGCUCCAACUCAAGAGGCCACUACGGGCCAGUCUACAUCCUGUCGGCUCAGGGCUGCGUGGACUCUGACCUCUGCAGCUCCCAUGAAAUGACCUCUUAUCGGGGCGUGGAAUACAACGUCAGCCACACCUGCUGCUGCAAAGACCAAUGUAACAGCAUGCCAAAGACUGACUCAAACCUGAAGAUGCUACUGAGGAUUGUUGAUAUCAAAGAUCACACUAACGUCACUUUUAAUGGUUUGGGAGAAGAUUCAUGUGCAAAUUACAAAAAACCAAGAAGCUCCACUAUACCUGACACUGCAUUAUAGUUAUUUGUAAGAGAGGCCUGUUAGCCAGAGGCACUUAACUGAGUCUUCACAAGGUGAAACACAUCCAGACAAAUGUUUUCAUGUUUGUGAUUUUCUGUAUUUUUACUGAAUUAAUGUUUGAAUAAGAAACAGUACAUUGUGGUCAGUGGCUUAUCUUGUUACAUGUACGCUCCCGAGAGAACAAGGUGGACUUGUCAGCCAUCCUCUUUCUUCUAAAUAAUGACCUAAAUUAAAGCACCAGGAUAAACCCCCAA